UUGUCACACUGAAAAAGAAACUGAAACAAAGAACAAGGCGCGUCUCCGCUUUGUCCGGGGCUGAGGGGAAGUGGUUUCAGUUUGAGGCGCUUUCGGUUUCCCUCGCUCCUUAUAUCUUGGGGCGCGUCCGCCUGCGCCCCGGCCUCUCCCAGCGCGCGGGGCUGAGCCGCGGACACCCGGGCCAGAGCCGAGCCGAGCCGAGCCGAGCCGGGUUGUGCCGAGCCGAGCCGAGCCCCGUCGGUGCCUGCGGGCGGAGCGGAGCGGAGCGGGCAGCACAGACCAACACAACCACUCACCCGGGCCAUCAUGGCUGCAGAAGACAUGCCUGCAGAUGAGGAAGAAUUCAGGAAGUUUUCCCAGGAUGAGAUGGAAGAAAUGAAAACAACAUUUGAAGCAGGAAACCUUGAAGCUGUAGCAAAGAAAUUGCAAGAGAAGCUGGAGAUGUUAGAUAAGAUUCAACUUCACAUUGCCGUCACUGGGGAGACAGGGUCUGGAAAAUCAACCUUUGUCAAUGCCAUCCGGGGCCUUGGGGAUGAAGAUGAAGGUGCUGCUAAGACUGGGGAAGUGGAAACAACAAUGCAGCCAGAGCCUUAUCCACACCCCACCCUCCCGAAUGUUACACUCUGGGACCUGCCGGGUAUUGGAACACCCAGAUUCAAAGCAGAUGAAUAUCUUAAGCAGGUGAGUUUCCAAAAAUAUGACUUCUUCAUCAUCCUCACUGCCAAUCGGUUCACUACCCACCACACCCAGCUUGCCCAGGAAAUUCAGAAAAUGAAAAAGAGGUUUUACUACGUGCGCUCCAAAGUGGAUGCUGAUUUGUAUGCAGCUCAGAAGCGCAGACCCAGCACCUACAAUGAGGAGGGAAUCCUGCAGAAGAUCCGCAAUGACUGCAUCGAGAACCUAGAGAGAGAGGCAGGUGAGCCUUCUCCACGGGUUUUCCUGAUCUCCAGCUGGGAUCUCACCAGGUACGAUUUUCCUCUGCUGCAGCAGACACUAGAGGAUGAUCUGGAUGUUGAGAAGAGACAUGCCUUUAUCCUUGUCCUGCCCAACAUCUCAGCACAGAUCCUGGAAAAGAAGAAAGCUGCAUUUAAGAGGGAAAUAUGGAAGUUGGCCCUGCUGUCAGGGGCUAUUUCUGCUGUUCCUGUCCCAGGUCUCUCUAUUAUUGCUGACAUAGCCAUACUGGAGGUAAACAUGAGACGUUACUGCCAGGCUUUUGGCUUGGAUGAUGCUGCCCUCUGCAGACUUGCUCAGCGUGUUGGCAAGCCUGUUGCAGAGCUGAAGUCAGUGAUAAAAGCAGUUCCAACAGCCAGCUCGAUAAACAAAGAGUUUGUAAUCAGGAUGCUGGCAAGGUCUGCAUGUCUUGGAGUGAUGAUAGUUGAAGAGCUUUUGGAUUUAGUUCCUAUUGCUGGACCUCUAUUAUCUGGAGGGGUGUCAUUUGGCAGCACGUUCUACAUGCUGAAACGCUUUCUGAAUGAUGCUGCAGAGGAUGCCCACAGAGUUCUCCGAAAAGCUCUUUCCUGAACCACAAGUCCAAAGAGCAGGAAUGAAAGGCCCAGAAUAACCACCGAAAAGCAAUGACUCAAAACAGCUCAGCUGUGUCCAAACCUUCCAAGUGACUGAACAAAAUGAAAACCAGGAAAAACAUUAGAAAGCAAAACUUAGAAGGAAGAAGAGAAGGGGAGAGAGAUCCAAUAAUGUGUUUUUUUCCUUUGAUCAAGGACACAUCCCUAAAGUUAAAAAAAGGAAAGAGGGCCAGGUCUGAAACCGCAUAUUAAAUGUCCGAUGCGGUGGAGGGAGAAAUAGGAAAAUGCUGAUCCUUCUCCAAUGUAGCGGUUAGUGCAGCAGCCUGAAUGCAGUCAGUGUACUCCCAUCAGCCAGCAACACCUGCAAGAGCUAUCAUCUGUUUCCAUUGAGCUUCAUUUUUCCUUGCCUUUAGCUGCAUCCCUGUGGCAUUUACAAAUAUGAAAAAGCACAGCUUGAAGAUGGAUCUGAUGAGAUAAAGAUGAAAACAACCCUACACCCUGUUCCCUCAAUGACAGGCAGUGAGGAGCUCGGGCCAGCAAGGAGAAAUAGUCUUUGCCUGCCACUCAUGCAUGCCUUAAAGGAGGCAGGCCAUCAUGCCCCAAACUCACCCCUUAUCUUAUCUAGUGGGAAAGCCACAUGCAAUUUUAUCCCAGCCAUGUAAAAAUGAAUUUAAAAAACAGAGGGGUCAUUUGCGGUACUGUUGCCAACCCUCAAGGAUUGCCCACAAGUCUCCAGGAAUGAGAUCGAUCUCUCCAGGGGACUGCUGAGAGUCACCCAGGAGAUAAAUGAUAGGGCAUUCAUUAAAAUAAAUAUUAAACUUUGAAUCUGAUGUAUACAGGAGGCCAGUGGGUUUGUAAAAUGUAAUAGUUACGUGCACUUCCCUUCCUGACAUGAAGCCAUCUAUAUCAUUACAUCAUGUGAUGAACCCUCAGAAACCAAACAGAACCCCUUCUUCUAAAACGGCAAUACAGAACAAACCUACUGCUUCGUGUCUUUCCCCAGUGUCUUUUCAAGAUGAUUCAGUUAAUGAGUGACAUUGAACUAAAGGUAACCCCAGUAAAAUGCCAGGGAACAUCCAGAGCAGUAAAACAACAGAACCAUAAAUAAAGAAAAGAAUGUGGUGACCAUUAAGACUCAUUAGUGUGGAAACAGGAAAAUAACAGGAGAAUAUUCCAAAUGUGUAAGAGUGUGCUAUUAUAAACUUUGGAUCUAGAAGGCAAAAUAUUAUACAACAAGCUUGGCUAGCAUUAGUAAUGUUGACAUCAAGGGUUAAAGUGCCUCAGCAAGUGAGUUCGCUGUUUGCCAUUCACACCAUCUGCAUGGACUUCUGAGGGAAGAUCCAGCCUUCGGACUUGGAGCAGCGCAACCCAGAAGCUCACCCAGUGCGGCCGACCGAGGGGAGUGACUCCUAAGCAACAGCUCUAGACAGACUGUGACAGAGCGAGGAUUCACGUUAACGUGAUCAGUUUUGAUUAACUGCCUGCUUAUACUCUUGCAAACCCAGUAAAGUUGACUACUUGUAUACUGGCAAACCCAGAUGAUUAAUUGCUUUGUAUUUAGUGGAUAUUUUUGUAGUCAAUAAAGCUUCUGACUGGUUA